AGAGUAAUGAAACAACACAUUCGAGAUGUUUCAUUUAUUUUACAACUAAAAUAUAGAAAUAUUUUGUAUUUGAAAUUUAAUUUAUUUUAUUUUUAAAUUUAAUAGUAUAUUUGUCGCCUAUUGUUGCGAGCUAGUUGUGAUUGCAACUGUAACGUUUAGUGCCAAUGUUAAGCGUAUAUCAUAUGUUAUGUUAACUCUAAUUGCGUUCACAGUUCUCACAUUUCUUUACCGUUACGUGGUGUUUUGCAUUACGUGUCUGACUUUGCUAUUACGUAGGUACGUAAGUACCGUUGUGCAUUGCAUUUCGCUACAAAAUGCCCAAAUAUUGUGUGAAAAGUUGCAGUUGAUAAAUUCAAAUGUUUUGUUUUGCAUUUGCAUUUGCUGUUGUUGCCGUUGUUGUUGUUACUGCCGUACACGUUGUCAGGGCUUGGACAGGGCAAAAUGGAACAGGAGAUUGGUACCUGGGACUCAGUUCUGCUAGAAAACCUGUCCGAGGACAGCUUCAUAAGCAACAUACAUCAGCGUUACAAGCGCGAUCAUAUAUAUACCUACAUUGGAACUUCUGUUGUGGCUUUAAAUCCAUAUCAUCACAUAUCUGAGCAUUCUUUGGAUAAUAUUCGCAACUAUGGCAAUAAAGGCAUUUUUCAGUUGCCACCACACAUAUAUGGGCUCACCAAUUUGGCUUAUCAGUCUCUUAAGGAUCAGAGCGAGGACCAGUGCGUGUUGCUCACUGGUGAAGGAGGCGCUGGCAAAACGGAGACGUUUAAAAUGAUUGUCAAUUUUCUAACACACAUACAGGACCGAGGGGUGUGCUCUGGAACUCCUAAUGCACUUCGUAAACAGUCCUCGACUAGCUCAACGAGCGGAAUGGUUAUGCAUGCUCAUCGGCGUGCUUCCAGCAGUUGCUCUGGUACCGCCAAUUUUAUCAUUUGUAAAAACAGUGCAGCUUCAGCUCCAAGUCAAGGCAGCGCGUGCAACUCCCGACGCCAGUCACCUUCACCGGGGCCAGGCCCGUCACAGCGCUCACGUACGCGUGCGGAGAGUAUCGAACGUCAAGUCAGACGUAAUAUGCGUGAAAAAAUCGUUGAUUUUGAUUUUUCGCAUCACAAGAGCUCAGAAAAUAUAAGCACGCUGCUGGAAUCAGCCGCUGCACAUGCUCAUUUGCAUCCAACGAAAUCAUGCUUUAAGCACCAACAAACUCAAGUAAGCACCUGCACUGCCACUUAUGGGCCCACGGCCGCAACGCCCUCGAAAACGGGCUCAUCCAGCACAUCACCUAAAUAUUUGCAUGGCGGCUGUCGUCAGUGUGGCCACAGCAAAUGCACCCGCGCUCAGAGCUUAGAGAAAAAUGAACGUGAAGCCGCUCUUAUAUUGCUGCGGGGCAGCAAUAAUCGUCUUUCCACCGCCCACCAACUGCAGCAACCACAGCGCGGUAGCUGCUCGAAUCUGGUACGACAGCAUUCAACCGAAAGCCAAUCGGAGAGACAGAUGUCCAUGGGAUCCACGCAACGUAUAUCGCUGUACGAUGCUCAUAAGCUAAGUAAAGUUCUCGGGAGUAACACUGUCUCGCCCACGCCGUCUGCUAGCUCCUCGCUGCAUCGACGCCACAAGUCACCUAAUCAGCGGCUGCGUGAGUGCGUCACCUGCGCGGAUGUCUUCCUUGAGGCCAUGGGCAAUGCCUGCACACUAAAGAAUAACAACUCAAGUAGAUAUGGUAAACUGUUUGAUAUUGAAAUCGACUUCAAGGGUGAUCCUAUGGGCGUUCACAUAACUCACUAUAUGCUGGAAAAGACACGCAUCACGGAUACUAUCGUUGGCGAGCGCAAUUUUCACAUUUUUUAUCAAUUGCUAUUAGGUGCUGAUCUUCAACUGCUGAAAUCUCUAAAGCUUUUUCGUAAUGUGGAGAAAUAUGAGUUGCUCCGAAAUACGAGUGCCAUGGAAGAGGAUCGUGCCAAUUUUCAUUACACUAAGCGCUCUCUGGAUGUUCUCGGCUUGGGCUGUGAUGAGAUUAACUCAAUUUUUCGAGUUAUUGCGGUUGUCUUAAAGUUGGGCAAUUUUAUUUUUGUGCCAGUAACGAAUAUUGAUGGCACCGAAGGCUGUCAGGUUUCAAAUGUCUACGAGGUUCAAGAGACGGCGCAGCUGCUCAAUUUGGAAGCUCAAAUAUUAAUCAAUUGUCUGACGAGAGCGAACAGUACGAGCAGUACACAGGAGGAUGUGGGUUGUGAAAUGGACGCCAGACAGGCAGCCAGCAAUCGCAAUACACUUUGUCGUACGCUCUACAGUCGUCUAUUUACUUGGCUGGUGAAUAAAAUUAAUGAAACAUUGAAGUCUACGCAGCGAGAAAAGAAUCUCGCUUUGUUAGAUUUUUAUGGUUUUGAAGUUUUGGAUCAUAACUCUUUUGAGCAAUUUGCUAUUAACUACAGUGCCGAGAAAAUACAUCAGAACUUUGUUUUUAAUGUGUUGCGCUUCGAACAGGAACUGUAUAUACGUGAGGGUUUGGAAUGGUCACGCAUCGAUUAUUUUGACAACGAGUCCAUAUGUGAGCUAAUUGAUAAGCCCAGCUAUGGCAUCCUUAGUUUAAUUAACGAAUCACAUCUAAAUAACAACGAGGCGUUGCUGCUGCGUAUACAGCAAUGUUGCGCAGGGCAUCCCAAUUUUAUGACAAGUGGCAGCAAUUCCAUGUGCUUUCAAAUUCGCCACUUUGCUAACGUUGUUAACUAUUCCAUUCAUCGUUUUUUGGAGAAAAAUUCAGAUAUGCUGCCAAAGUAUAUAAGCGCUGGCUUUUACCAGAGCCAACUACCGUUAGUGCAAAGUCUAUUCCCGGAGGGCAAUCCCCGUCGACAGACUAGCAAAAAGCCAACCACGCUUAGCACCAAUAUACGCACGCAGCUGCAAACGCUGUUGGCCAUUGUGAAGCAUCGUCGUGCCCAUUAUGUGUUCUGCAUUAAGCCCAACGAGUGCAAGCAGUCCCAUCACUUUGACUUGGCCUUAGUGCAGCAUCAAGUGCGCUACAUGUCGCUUAUGCCGCUCGUGCAUUUGUGCCGCACUGGACACUGCUUCCAUUUGCCGCAUGUCAAAUUCUUUCAACGCUAUAAGCUGCUCAAUAGUUUGACUUGGCCGCACUAUCACGGUGGCAGCCAAGUAGAGGGCAUUGCUCUGAUCAUAAGAAAUUUGCCGUUGCCCUCGGCCGAGUUUACUCUCGGCACCAAAAAUGUGUUCGUGCGCAGUCCGCGCACUGUCUACGAGCUGGAACAGUUUCGUCGACUACGGAUCUCCGAGCUGGCCGUCCUCAUACAGAAGAUGUUUCGUAUGUAUCAUGCCAGAAAGAAUUAUAGGCGCAUGCGACACAGCCAAAUGGUCAUCUCGAGUGCCUGGCGCACGUGGCGUGAGUGCCGUUUUGGCAUUCCCUUCACGGGCCGUAGGCAUUUGUGGAGUUUAUAUCGCGUUGCCCGUGAGGAGUAUCGUACUUUGAAGUACAAGCGCCAAGUAAAAUGGGCCGUCGAUGUGAUUGCGCGAAACUAUCACCAGUGGAAGAUUCGACAAUAUUUGCUCACCAUUCCGUUGCGCCUGCCACCCAACACAUUGAGUCCGCUCUCGUCAGAGUGGCCAACGGCUCCUGGCUUCCUGUCAGAUGCUUCCCGUCUGUUGCGAGCCAUCUAUCAUCGCUGGAAAUGUUAUAUAUAUCGCAAUUCGUUCGAUCAAACGGCACGCAAUCGCAUGAGAGAAAAGGUUACAGCCAGCAUUAUUUUUAAGGAUCGCAAGGCUUCCUAUGCGCGCAGUGUGGGUCAUCCUUUUGUGGGCGAUUAUGUGCGACUGCGGCAUAAUCAACAAUGGAAAAAGAUAUGUGCUGAAACCAAUGAUCAGUAUGUGGUUUUUGCCGAUAUCAUAAACAAGAUAGCGCGCUCCAGUGGCAAGUUCGUACCGAUAUUGCUGGUGCUGUCCACGUCAUCGCUGCUCUUACUCGACCAGCGAACUCUGCAAAUCAAGUACAGAGUCCCUGCCUCGGAGAUUUAUCGCAUGUCUCUAAGCCCUUAUCUGGAUGAUAUUGCUGUGUUUCACGUGAAAGCGUCUGAGUUUGGCCGGAAGAAAGGUGAUUUUGUGUUCCAAACAGGCCAUGUUAUUGAAAUAGUUACCAAAAUGUUUCUGGUCAUACAAAAUGCGACGGGCAAGCCCCCAGAGAUACACAUAAGCACAGAAUUUGAAGCGAAUUUCGGUCAACAAACGGUUAUCUUCUCAUUUAAAUACGGCGGCUUAUCCGAUUUGGCACAAGGGCCGCCAAAAGUCACGCGCAAGGCAAAUCGUAUGGAAAUCAUUGUAUGAUGAUGAAGACUUUGGCAUGAUCAGAGGUUCCGGUCAGAUAGGAACUCAAGUUUUAAACAAAUAUUUUUUUCCAAACAAUACUUUUUUAAGUCUCUUGACUUGGUCCCAGGGACCAAAAACCAAAAAUCAAUUUUAGCAAUAUUUACAUACACUCAAAUCCAAACACUACCACAUACCCACACACACACACACACACACACACACACACUGACUUAAAUAUAAUAUAAUUUUGCUCACAACUGACAAUCAGUCUCAUGAAUUCGAUGUCAAAACUGUGCCAAAAUGGGAAAAAAAAACAAGAGAAGCAGUUAUAGCUAAUUUUAAACAGCACCAUUUCUUUGAUAUAUUUAAGUACUAACUAACGAAAUGAACAACUGAAUUUAUUUAACUAAUUUCUCAAACUAGGUUUAAUUGUAAGUCAAGCACCAAGUCGAUUAACAUUGCAACAAACAACUACGUUAGGAACGUGGCACAGAGAAGCGUUAGACAUUUUACACAAAAUACGAUACUUACGAUAUUUCCGUUAUAGAAACCAAGGCAUUUCUCUUACAUUUAAGGUUUCAUACACAAUAAUUAGUGAACUAAUGCUAGAGAACUCAGCAAGCAUAUAUAGCUCUAUAUACCAAACACAAUAUAAAUCUGCGCCUCAAAAACUAGUGAAAGAGAUGGGGGAAUAAUAAUAUUAAAAAACAAAAAACAAAAAAAAAA